AUGAAGUGCUCCCUGCGGGUGUGGUUCCUCUCCGUGGCCUUCCUGCUGGUGUUCAUCAUGUCUCUGCUCUUCACCUACUCACACCACAGCAUGGCCACCUUGCCCUACCUGGACUCGGGGGCCCUGGGUGGCACACACCGGGUGAAGCUGGUGCCGGGCUAUACGGGACUACAGCGCCUUGGCAAGGAGGGGCUUUCGGGGAAAAGUUGCACCUGCAGCCGCUGCAUGGGUGAUGCUGGCACCUCCGACUGGUUUGACAGCCACUUUGACAGCAACAUCUCUCCUGUCUGGACUAGAGAGAACAUGAAUCUCCCCCCAGAUGUCCAGAGGUGGUGGAUGAUGCUGCAACCCCAAUUCAAGUCACACAACACCAAUGAGGUGCUGGAGAAGCUGUUCCAGAUCGUGCCUGGCGAGAACCCCUACCGCUUCCGGGACCCCCAACAGUGCCGGCGCUGUGCUGUGGUGGGAAACUCAGGCAACCUCCGGGGCUCUGGCUAUGGGCAAGAUGUGGACGGCCAUAACUUUAUCAUGAGGAUGAAUCAGGCACCAACUGUGGGCUUUGAGAAGGACGUUGGCAGCCGAACAACCCACCAUUUCAUGUACCCCGAGAGUGCCAAGAACCUGCCUGCCAACGUCAGCUUCGUGUUGGUACCCUUCAAGGCCCUGGACCUAAUGUGGAUUGCCAGCGCCCUCUCUACAGGACAGAUCCGAUUCACCUACGCUCCAGUGAAGUCCUUCCUUCGAGUGGACAAAGAAAAGGUCCAGAUUUACAACCCAGCCUUCUUCAAGUACAUCCACGACAGGUGGACAGAGCAUCACGGACGAUACCCUUCCACAGGAAUGCUGGUGCUCUUCUUCGCGCUACAUGUGUGUGAUGAGGUGAACGUGUAUGGGUUUGGGGCUGACAGCCGAGGCAAUUGGCACCACUACUGGGAGAACAACCGGUAUGCGGGCGAGUUCCGGAAGACAGGCGUACACGACGCCGACUUCGAAGCCCACAUCAUUGACAUGCUGGCCAAGGCCAGCAAGAUAGAGGUCUACAGAGGGAACUGAGCUCCCCAAGGGCGACAUCAGGAUCAGUCAAGCCUUGGUCCGGCCGAGGACGGGCUGCCGCCCACCAAUCGGACUCUGCGUCCAGCAAUGAAUAAGUGCUGCUGUUGGGCGGAGCUUCUCUUUCUCAGCCAAUCAUGCGACUCAAGGAGAACUUCUGGCGCCGCCGUCUCCACCAAUCAUGGCCUUGGGAGGCGGCGGGGCCUCGACCCCCCUUCCCCCCCACCCUGCUUUGGAUAAGAGGUUUUUUUUUUCCCAUGUUUUAAGAGGCUAGGUCUGGGCCUGGGCAGGAGCGCUUUGGACUGCUCUCUUCCAGUUUAGGCCCGGAUAGGUGAGUGAAGCCCGCCAAAGAAAUGUGGUCGAGGUGAGACCCUCUCCAGGGCAUUCAUUCCGUGUCUCACCAGGUAGUAGGGGAUUAGAUUCAACCCCGCUGAGUGGACCUCCCUAGGGCCUCACUCCGUAACUAGUGUCAGCAAGGGUAGGAAGCUUCACCGGGUCACAUGCAAGGUGCUUCUCUCACGUGUGCCCUCACUCCUACUGUCCCCCACCAUCUUCCCAGCGUCCGCCCUUUGGCCCUGGGCUUUCUCUCCAGUUCACCCGUUGAUCUGGAGACAAAAUGACACCGCGGGGACCCAGCUGCUCACGCCCUCGCACAAGGCUCAUAAGUCUUUAGCCUUCAGGCGAGAGCAGCAGUGGACAGCAGGCUGGAGAGCCGAGCCCAGCUGCUUGUGCAUGUACCAUUUUCUCUCAUUGUCACCCCAAUAAGGAGCAGGCAGCCUCUUGCUUGGGGAUAGGAUUUGCUUUGGGCUCAUACUUUAGUUACCUUGAAGCUGCCGGGGAUGGCUGCCCAACCAAGAUUGCUUGACAAUUCUUUGCAGGUGGCCUGGAGCUUUGCUGGGGAGGAGCGGAUUGGCGGCUGCCACGCAUGCCUCCUCCUGCCCGCAACUUUGCCCUGCUUACUCGCCUGUUCUAACCCACUUUCCGGCUCCUAAAGGGCUGGUGAGUAAAGAAUCGGGGUUACAGCUGGAAGCUAUUUGCAUGACUCGACUCAAGGCUGAGAUUGAGUGGGUGAAAAGGCUUCAGUGAAUGUCUCAGGCCACAGAAAGUACUCCCCUUCCCUGCAGUGUCCACACAAAUAUUUCCCAUUCUUAAUAAGUUGACAUUACCAAGCAGCCUCCUGGUUGGGGGACAGUCACCCAGAAGGGAUCGUACCAGAGGGUUGGGAUGAGACAGCAAGUACCCCUGAAAACUAAGACAUGGAGAACUUUUCUUGAAUCUGUUCCUUCCCGGUUCCAAAAGCAGGGGUGGAGAAAAGGCGGAUACACUGAGUGGGGCUACAGGACCCUCUCAGGGCUCUACCCAUCCCGCAGUCAAGGCACCCACCGCUCUGUUCUUGCCUGUCUCAUCUCUGCUCUCUCAGGAAGCUGAAAAACAAUGCGAUUAUGCCAAACAGUAUUGAGAAGAAUAAUUUAUUUUCUCCCCUUCCUCCCUUUGUUUUGUUUAAGCCAUUAAUCCCUAUUCUAGAAGAGGUAGGUCCCAGCACCCAGAUCCUUUCUUCUAUAGUUAUUUAAACAUUAAAAUUUUUUCCUUCCCUUUCUUUUUCUGAAUUAAAAAAGAACAAACCCCA